AUGUAAAAAAAUGAAUUUUAAAGUGUGUUUUGGAGAAAAGUAAGGGAAGAUAUGAAAAUGGAAAUACUCUUAGAGAAAUAGCCAUUAAAACAAUUUAAAUUAUAUGAAUUGACUGAAGAUGAAAUGAAUAUCAAUUUAGAUUAAGUUACCCAAUGGUAAUUAAUAGGUGAAAAUGUAGGUCUCCAGAUAAUGAAAAGAUUUAUAAAAAUAUAUCUGAGAAUGGAUUUGCUGAUUUUAUUUGCAAUAAAGAAUACAUGAUUGAAACAUAUACAAAUAUAGUAUUUGAUUCUGAAGAUAUAACAUUAAUGGAUAAUCAAUUAUUACAAUUCAAAAAUUUAUAAUUAUUAAGAUUAAAUCAUAAUAAAAUUGAAACUGUUCAACAUCUUCCUUAAUAAUUAAUAGAACUACAUUUAUUUAAUAAUCAAAUUACAACAUUGAAUUUAUUGAAACAUAAUUUAUAAUAUCUAGGUUUAGGAUAUUGUUUGUUGAAUGAUGAUGCAAUACAAACAAUUUCUAAAUUCUUACCUUAAUUAAUAGGUUUAGAUUUGGCUCAUAAUUAAUUAUGCGACUUAGAAUAUUCAGUAGAGGCCUGUAAAAAGAUUUCUAAUAUAAAAAUUCUAUAUCUUUAUGGUAAUCCUUUAGUUUUAAUGCCUCAAUACUUUAUAUAUAUUGUUGAUAAUCUAUUAAAUUUAAGAAGCUUUGAUGAAUAAAGUUUUUUGGAAAUAAAAAAUAGAUUAGAAUAAGCAGAUAAAGAAAAAUAAGCUAAAAAAUAAGAAACAUUAAGAAAAUAGUAAGAAGAAUAUGAAUAAUAAUAAAAAUUAUUAGCUGAUAAAAAUAAAAAAGGAGGAAAACCAGGAAAAUAAACUGAUCCAGUUGUAGUUUAAUAACCUUAAGUUAUAAUUCCUAUUGAUGAACCUAAAAUUAAUUUAAAUGAUUUAAGAUAAUUCAAAAUUACAUUUAAAAUAUAAACUUUAGAAAAUUUAGAAGGAAUUUUAUUAGAUAAAUAUAAUUACCCUUUAAUGGAACAAAAUAGUAAAUUAUUUUAAAGUAAGUAUGUAAUAACAACAAAUUUAUUUGGUUUUGAAUUGAAAACAAAAGAGGUAUUUUAUGAGACAGCUACGAUUGAAAAUGAAAUAGGAAGAAUUGAUUUUGAAUUUUCUAUUGAAUAACUUUAUAAUCCUGAAGUUGAUAUUAGAGAUGCAGUUGAAUAAGGUUUUUUACUUUAAGUUUCAGUUGAAGAACAAAAGUUGUAUAUUGUAACAAUUUAUAUUAUACAUAAUUUAGGCAGAUGAUGGAGAAAAAAAGCCAGUUUUAGGCUAAGAUGAAUUACCUGAACAAUCUAUAAAAAUUUAAGAAGUAUGUAAAAUUACUUGUGAUUGGUUGAGAGGUUACAAUAAAUAAUUUAAUGAAAAGUAUCGAUUAUUCAAAGAAGAAACAAAAAAUUCAGCUGAACAUUGGUUUCCCUUAGAUAAUGAAUAGGAAUUAGUAUAAGCUAAGAUGGAAAUGAUUUAAAAAGAAAAAGAUGCAGAAAGGCAUAAUAAGCUUUAAUUGAUUAAAAAAAAGAAUAAAGUAAAGGGAAAGGGAAAGAUGUUAAAAAAAAGGAUGAUAAAAAAAAUGUUAAGAAAGGGAAAGAUGAACCUGUUUAAAAAGUAGUAGGAUAAUUAGAUUGGGAAGUUGAUACCAGAUAAUAUAUAUUUGUAAAUGAAAAGAAAAUUCAUAGAGCAACUGACAUGUUAUUAGCAAUUUCUUUAGAUCUAGGAUAUUGA